AUGUUAUCUUGCAUUUCUCACGCAACUAACUCUCCAAUAUUCACAAGUUUCUUUGCCAAAGCAUCAAAAGAGUUUUUCGACAAGGUUAACGCAGUAAUUGAAGAACGAGUUCGACCGGCACUCCUUUCUGAUGGAGGCGACAUCACGCUAAAGGAUAUAACCGAUGGAAUUGUCACCGUACAGAUGUUCGGACAUUGCGUUGGCUGUCCUUCAAAACAAAUCACAUUAAACUCAAGAAUACUUGACUGUCUUCAAGAUGAAUUCGGCGAUAAGGAUAUUGUUGAUAUAAAAGAAAUCCCUAAUACAGAAUAA